UCGGAAUGUUUUUCUGUUGGCAAUGUGUGUGUGCGUGUGUGUGAGGGAGAGAGAGAGAGAGAGAGAGAGAGAGAGAGAGAGAGAGAAUUGAUUCUAUAUAUUUCAAAAAUGUUGCUCUUUAUGUUUUCUUUUGGAGGGUGACGCACAAAGUCUGGAGGUCGAAUCUCAGCCACAUUCUAUUGAACUGCAAAUAGUUAAUAAUAGACACAGAGAAAACGAGGGAGAGAGAGAGGGAGAGAGAGAGAGAGAGAGAGAGAGAGAGAGAGAGCAUUCCUCCAACGCUCCAGGGUGAUGAAUAGGGUAACCCUGCCCCUCUGAGCAGCUCCUCUCUCUCCUGCAGCUCCUCAGUCCAUCGCUGCUGCUGCCUCCUCCACCAGCUCCUCCACCAGCUCCUCCACCAGCUCCUCCAGCAGCUGCGCGCUCCUCGGACAUGGACGCGUCCCGACUUUGACUCCUUCUCCUGCAGCGAAGUGUGCACAGCUCAGGCGGCCGCGGACGCAUGGGGAUCUAACCCCGGGCGCGUCAGUCGGUCAGCUCCGCGGAAGGCUCGUGGUUUGGCCCCUCGUCGUUCUCUGGUCUCCACUCAUGCGUCGGGAAUGCCAUGGCCACUCCGAGCGCACAGCAGCAGCAGGAUUACUUCAGGUCCGUGAGCAGCGAGUCCACCACCUACAUGAUGGUGCCGGCCGCCGGGCCGAGGGGGCCGGGGGGGCGCAAGGAGGCGCCGUCCAAGAUGUGGGUGGCCAUGGUGGUGAUAGUGGUGGUGGUGCUGCAGAUCGCCUCCACCACCGGGCUCUUUGUCUACCUGAACAUGUCCAUCUCGGAGGUGCGUAGCCAGGGCGUCACGGAGGAGCUGAAGUGCCUGAGUUUGCUCAACGCUCUGGACAAGGACCAGGACAUCCCGGACCAGCUGGCCCAGCUCUUUGGAGAGCCCUGCAUCAAACUGGCCGAGGGCAUCAAGGCGUACAUCUCCAAGGUGACGGAGAACAUCAUCUCCAAACAAACCUUCAUAGAGGCGAGAACGAUGCCUCGCACCUUCAACAACUCGGGGACAAAGUUCAUGACCUCGGUGGCCCAGAGGCCGUCGGCCCACUUGACCCUCAGGGACACCAGCUCCCAAGCGGGGUUCCCUCCGUUACAGAUCCCCACGGCCGGGCUCCACCAGUCCUGUCGCCACGUCGUCCGCUCCUGGGCCAAUCAGAGCUUCGGCGCUCACCUGCACAACAUGACCCUGACCAAUGGGAAGCUGCGAGUGCCUCAGGAUGGGCGGUACUACCUUUACUCACAGGUGUAUUUCCGUUACCCGUCCCCAGCAGCCGGGGACGGGGACCAGCGCAGCGUCAGCCACCAGCUGGUGCAGUGCGUCUACAAGAAGACGUCCUACCCGAGCCCCAUCCAGCUGCUGAAGGGGGUCGGGACCAAGUGCUGGGCUCCGGACGCCGAGUACGCCCUGCACUCCGUCUACCAGGGGGGGCUGUUCGAGCUGCGGGCCGGGGACGAGCUCUUCGUGUCCGUCUCCUCGCCCACGAUGGUCAACGCCGACGACUCCUCCAGCUACUUCGGCGCCUUCCGCCUGGACCUCUGAGAGGAAGCGAGGGAACGAGCAGAAGAGAGGACGGAUGGAUAAACGAGGGCUGGAGACAAUGAGCUGGAGGCCGUUUGAGUAAUCCGCUGAUUGGAAAUAAAAGACACAAGUUGCGUGGAUCUUGGAUCUACGAUGUCUGCAUCAACAGAUCCGAUGAAGGACGGAAGGAUUGGUGUUUGAUGAAGAGGAGGAGGGGGCAACACGGGAAAUAUAGAAAUAGUUGAUUUGUCUUCAUAACUCUGUGAAGAGAGAGACCCACCGGCCGAGAGCAAGAAAUACAUAAACACAUCGAUUCAUUGUGGAUUUUUCAGGAGGGCAGUUUCCCUGUGUGUGUCCAAAAAGCGACAAACAUCCAAUUCUGCAUUUGUUGACAAUCGGCCAUAACAAUUGACCCCCCCCCCCCCCCCACACACACACACACACCGCUGCCUGUAUCGCAAAUUAACACACAAACCCCGAUCGAUGCAUCAACCGCCUUUAUCGCAGGAAGCAAUCGAACCCUGAGAUUUGGAUUGCAGACCGAAGAAUGUACACCCCCCCCCCCCCCCCCCCACCCCCCGCAUCAAAGACGGGAGGAAAGCCUGGAGCAGGAGAAAAUCAAACGAUCAAACCAAAGCAGAAUAAAAUGUGGGAUAUAGCUUUUGCAGCGUGCCAUGAGAGGACUGUACAUACGUGAAUGAACUGAGGUGAUUUUCUUUUUUUAAAAAUGAUUCUGAUGAACUUUGACGGGACUUAAGAAAAGAACCACUCGGGAGCUUUCAGAGGAUUUUUCAACGCGCAACACUAGAACUGUGGAUUUCUUAAAAAGGAUGAGAGGAAGUCACGCUGCCUCUUUGAACUGUGAGGGGGGGGGGGGGGGUUCUGCAAGGAAAGCAGAAAGGGAAACAAGGAGGAGGAAGAGGGGGAGAAUGAGCCCGGGAGAGGAAGAUGAGAGAGAUAGAAAGAGAGAGAGAGAGAGAGAGAGGUAUGCAGCCUGGCCAGUCGGUGUUGUUGCAGUCCUCUCUCGCUCGCUCACUUCGCCUCGUGCUCUCUCUCUCUCCUCUUUCGUUCCACAGAAAGAAUGUUUGUGAUCGAUGUCGUCUUUCCUGUCGAACCUGUGAAGCUGCACUUUGCGUCAUUUUGAGGAUCAGUUACGCAACGGAAACACAAACAAAGGUGUGAGGAAGGUGAGAUUAAACGCUCAUAGCUUCGUCGCACAAACACUGAGAGUGGGGGGGGUUUCUCUUUAGACCUGGAGCUCACGUUGUGUCAACAGAAAUCGUAAAGCCGGUGAGACGUCAUUGAAAAUAACUCUGGGGAAAUGGAGCAGAGCGAUUUGGAUAUUUUGCAAAACAAUAAAAACUUUCUUAAGACACUAAAACAACAAACACUCUCCAAAGGUCUUCAGCUGAUCAUUGAAGUAGACUUCAGCGCCACCUACUGGCCCAGCCCGGCUGUUUGAGCAGAAUGAGGCGACCACGGGAUCGAGCCUUAAACUUUCAACCACCAGCUCCUCAAGUGCCUCAACAUCCAACUCACCACCGUGUGACCACUGUGAACUUUAGAAGUUAGUUACACUCGUGGUCAGGUUUCAAACAGCUGCUGACCCAGGACCUGCAGGUGUCUGCCCCCCCCACACACACACACACACACACAUGUGCUGCAAACAUGGAGCAUCAAGUCGCUCGGUUUGUCAGGUGAACGCAGACGGAGAAGUUUAUCUGUGGACAUAAACCACAGCGCCGCCGGCACACGCCUCUUUCUUUAUCCUCCUCUGACACACACACUCGAGCGCACAUGUGUGCACGCACAAAGCAGAUAACACACAUCGGAUCACACAACGUCCAUCAGCCGGUGUCGUGUCCUGUGUGGGGAGACGAACAAACAAACCCCCUGUGCCACGUGAUGGUCGAGGGUGAUCGGUAGGAGGCGUGCAGGGAGUGUGUGUGUGUGUCUGUGUGUGUGUGUCUGUGUGUCUGUGUGUGUGUGUGCACUUUCAGUACAUGUUUGUUCAAAGGGCUCGGUUCACACGGACAUCUCCGAGUCAAACUAAUCCACGCACACACCUUUCAUUGUUUGUGUACGGAACCUUCACUUGGGGGUGAAUUGGUUUUUAAUCAGGUGACGUCCCGGCUGAGCCGAUCCUCCACGUUCCACCUGCCGCGCUCACGUUUCACCGCUUGUUGUCAAAACACACAAAGCUUGUUUUUUAUGCUCAACGAGGACAAAUUUUCAUUUUGCAUUUGAUUGCUGUCUUAGCUGCUUUCUGUUAGUGUGAGUCGCUGGGUGGGUCCACCGGCUCGUGGUUCUGCCGGGCCUCCUUCCAGCCCGGCUCCACCGUGAACCCGGCUCUUAAUCUCUGUAUUUUCCAGAUCAACACUCCGACGGGCCUUUUUCUUUUCCUUUGCACUCCAACCCAAACAAAGGGUUUGUUGAAACAGGUCCAGCAGCGUGAACCCCGGACCAGCGGGAAAACUCUGCAAUGAAUGUGUAUGAGCAGUGUUUGAACUGGACAGUUGUGUAGCUGUGAAUAUGUGUAGCACAUUGUUGCAAAGAAAAUAAACAAAUAUCUGAACUUU